GCACUUCCGCUGUGAUCCACGUUACUCAUUGGAAGUUGCAUCAGGCGGAUUAAAAGCAGCCGGUCUGUGGUGUCGACGCAGUUUUAUAAACUAACAACAAAUCUGAGCAUCUCCAAACGGCACUGAUCGCCGACGUCUUUCAUCUGUUAAAGUAAUCGUCGUAAUAUCGCAUGUCCAAUAUACAGAACCUCCAGUCCUUCGAUCCCUUUGCUGAUGCAACUAAGGGUGACGACUUGCUCCCGGCUGGGACUGAGGAUAAAAUCCACAUAAGGAUUCAGCAACGAAACGGCCGCAAAACGCUGACCACGGUGCAAGGCAUUGCAGAUGAUUAUGAUAAAAAGAAACUUGUAAAAGCCUUUAAGAAGAAAUUUGCCUGCAAUGGGACUGUGAUCGAGCACCCAGAGUAUGGCGAGGUGAUUCAGUUACAGGGGGACCAAAGGAAGAAUAUCUGUCAGUUCCUAAUGGAGAUCAACAUUGUAAAGGAGGAGCAGUUGAAGGUUCACGGAUUUUAAGACGCUGGCCCCUCCGGGGCUUUCUAAAGGACUGCACCAGCAUGUAGCAAUCCUAGUAUAUUCAUAGCAGGGUUUUCGUGACCAUAUGCUAACAACACUGACAGCAGGGUAAAACGGUUUGUUUUUGCGAUCAUUUCAAGCUCGAAUCUUCAUAAUGACCUCAAGUGGACCACUAAUUCCAGGCUGGUCUGAAUUAGAUGCUGAAUCUUUGUUGCUAAUGCUUGUGAAUGUUUUAUGCUAGAUACACUUGAUUGCACGAUAUCUUUUUAUCAAGGACAAUAAAAUUAUGUGACUUUG